AUGCACCAAACGAACUUCUCUAUGUCGGACAACGAGUCGAAUGACGAGGUGCACGACAGUAAUGUGAAAGUCUUCGUGCGAAUUCUACCGCUCGAGAGACCGUGCGAUUCUUGCGCAAAAAUCAGUACGGACGGUAAGAAGAUCUACGUGAGAUGCUUGCAGGACAUGCGACGAGACAAACAGUCGAAGGAUCCCGUUUAUUGGGCCUUCCGUGUCGACGAAAUAUUUUACGAGAUGUCUCAAGAUAAAGUGUAUUGCGCUACCGCGAAAAAUCUCAUAGAAAAGUAUCAAUUAAAUCUUCAUACGCAACAAGAAAAUAAUUUAAGAGCUUUAGACGGCGUAAAUUGUGUACUGAUCGGUUACGGGCAAACCGGGUCCGGAAAGAGUUUCACAAUCGGCGGUUUCAAAAAUAAUUGGGAAGUACGCUUCCGUAUUUCACAUUAUCUAUCUAAUUCAGACUUCAAUGUGACUAUAGUGAAUGUAGAGAAUGAAGAAGAAACUUUAAGAAAAGUAAUUGAAGGGGAAACUAGGAGAUCGAUCAUAACAGGCUCAAUGUAUCCAGUAUCACAUUUGGGUACUGCAGUCAUAAUUAUCCACGUUUCAAAUGCGAGUCUGAUAAAAUCGCAAGCUUUCGUAGCGACAGCAAAAAUACAUAUCGUAGAGAUGGCUGGAAUUGGCACGGUGGGAAAAUCAAAUUCCUGGAAAACAGCAGCCGAUUUAGGUAUGGCGAAUUUAAUGAAAAUACAGUUGGAACAAUAUUUCCUGCAUCUCAGAAAACCAAGCACGUGCACGUAUAGCGUUGUUCGCUCAAGUAAUUUGCUGAAGCUACUGAGAGACGCUCUCACUGUUACAUCCAUUAUUCGUUUCGUGUCUCACGUGCGCAUCACGAGGGAAGAUCUCGACGUUACUUUGUCGACUAUGCGGCUGACCGCUAAAAUCGCAAAACUAAAACCGAUCAAGACGAUACGGCACAUCCAGCCACGAACAGAGCUAAUUGUGCAGCAGCUACGGGAGCAAGUGAACACAUUGAAGAAGGAGCUAGAGCUGAACGAUAUGUUUUUACAUCAGGAGGCAUUGCCGAACAUCUCGAAAUCCAGACUCGAGCAGAUCAGUCGAGACAUUAUGAACUUUCUGCAGGGUUUCAUUUCGGAAUUAACGCUCUUCAAUGUCACCCAGGCGCGAAUAUUAGUGAAAGUCGCCAAACAAUUACACGACAAGUUUGUUCUCUUGUUAUUUCUCGCGAUCAGGUUUUUUAAUGCAAAUUUGUGCAUCUUAAUUAAUAUUUAAUUAAAAAUUAAUUGUGAGGAAAAUAUCAGAACAAAAAAAUCUGUUAUUAAAAUGAUGUCAAAAUGGUUCUUAAGUAUUUAUUAAAAGUCAUUUUUCGUUUAACCGCCGCGAUUUAUUUUUAUAUCAUUUUGUGUGUGAUGUGACUAAUCGUUUGACUUCAGAAGGAAGCAAGAAUAUAAUUUCUUGCUUAUCGUAUAUGAAAUAAUGAUUACUAAAUAAAACAUGUUAAUUUUGAAUCUAUAUCAUAUUAAUAUAUUAAUUUUCAUUUGAUACUAAUGUUUGAUACUGUUUCUUCUGUGCACAAGACGUGUAUUGUUUUGCAAUCAUUUCGUUAAAUAUUUGUAAUAUUUAACAUGAUUUUUCCCAUCGCGUGUUUCUCGUGAUUAGUAACGAUAAAGAAAAAUUAAUUUGAUCGUAAACGUAAUUAAAACGUAAUUUACAACAGAAGUUUGAAUAUUUCUCUAAUCAUUCUAGAUUGGUCGCAAAAGAAAUUGAAACGGAAAAGUUAAAAGAAGCAUAUAACAACGUAAUAGUUACGCUAUCUCAAUCGGAUGCUGCUUUGACUUCGUCGUCAUUAAUUUAACAUCACAAUGAUAUUAAUUUUAUCGCAAUAUAAUUUGCAAUUCUUAUGUCACGUCUACAUAUAUUUUACUAAUAUUCUACUUAUAUGUUACUACAAAUGAGUUCAACAGACAAAUAAAAUUAAUCAUUUAUGCAUUUAUGUUUAUGUAUUUAUAGCUGAUAAAUGUUUUAUUCAUGCGUUGAAAUAAAUCAAAAUUUUGCAAAACGACUAAAUACGAUUUAAAAAUCGCACAUAUGCAAGGAAAAUGUAAUAUUAAAAAUAUUAAUGUUUUAUUACAGAGCGAAUAAACCUAGCUGAAUGUCAUAGUUGUUAUCAUUUAUGUAUUGUCGCGAGUGCAUUAUCUGUUUACAAAAUUAAUUCAAGUACUGCUGUUUCGACACAUCGUUUGGCUCAUUUUCAUUGUAAUUUAAAAAUUAGUUAAAUUUUGCGAUUAAAUAAAUAUAUAAUAGCUUAGACACGUAAUAAAUCUUGAAAAAAGAAAACAUUGUACACCUUUGCUUUUUUAGUCGUCUAAUCAUCUUAACAUUUAUUAUCUCAAAAAUAUUAACGUUGAGAAAAAAAUAUGAUAUAUACGUACACUGAAAAAUAAGAGUUAAACAAUAACAAACAGAAUAUAAUUUAUUCGAUAUCAUGCGUAUCAAAUUAAAGACUAUAUAAGAACAAAUGUUUUAUCCAAUAUUAAAUGUGCAUAAAUUAUAAAGACAGACACAA